UUGGUUUCUGAAUAAAUUAAGAUUUUUUUUUACCUGGUUUGAUACUCAUGCAUCACUCCAAAUGUUCGCAGCAGCCACCAAGAACUUUGUGAAGCAGGUUGGAGACACAGGGAGGUUGAUCCCCGUCCCGAGCCUGAGCGAGGCCGACCGCUACCAGCCGCUCAGUCUGGUGACCAGAAAGAGGAAGAGGCAUUUCUGGAAGAAGAACAAGUACGCCUCGACCCCCUUCUCACUGAAAGACAUCCUGGUAGGGGAAAAAGAGAUCACAGCAGGAGUGUCUUCUUAUCAGCUCCUCAACUACGAGGACAAAUCUGACGUAGCCCUCAAUGGCCGAUUAGGAAACCACCUCAUCAACGAUGUGGGGUUCAACAUCAGCGGAUCAGACUCUGUGGCCGUCAAGGCUUCCUUCGGCAUUGUGACAAAACACGAGCUGGAGGUGCCUACCUUACUGCGAGAACUCAACUCCAGGAAAGUGGACUUGGAUCACUGCCUGGUUCGUCAGUCCAAGGAGAGUGGACGGACCAUUCUCUGUGUCGUGGUAGAGAGCAUCCGCACCACACGUCAAUGCUCUUUGACCGUCCACGCCGGGAUGAGAGGGACCACCAGGUUUCAGAUCGACGAUGGCAGAAAUCCCAAAGGUCGAGACAAGGCCAUCGUCAUCCCGGCUCACACCACCAUCGCCUUCAGCAUCUGCCAGCUGUUUGUUCGACUGGACGGGCGCCUUGAUAUUUGUGUAGCCCCAGAGUCUCAAGGGGGAUUUGAGCGGGAGCAGAUCAGGGAGCAGCUUGGUGGUUUCAUUGGUCGCUUCUCUAUGGGUCGACUGCGCCGUUUUCUGUCUGGCAUCGUCUACGGAAACCCCUUCAGAGCAGAUAACCAAACAUUUGAGGAGCUCGCCCACUCUGACACCUACAUAGACGACAUGGUUACCGACUACUACGAGAAAGCCGCCAGCAUGACGGACGUGUCCACUGCCUACCUGAGAGAAAUCUCCCACACACGGGUCAACCUCCUCAAACACAACAUCCCCAAGGGGCCCUGCGCGCUCUGCGGCAUGGGCAACCAGAAGCGGGAAACUGUUUACGGCUGUCUGGAGUGCUCGACCGGGGGCCUGAAAUAUGUUCGGCUGCACGUGGUGCCGUGUUUCGACCUCUGGCACAAAACACUGAGGUGAAAAAGAGAAGUGCUUUUUUCACUAUGAGAUACUUUGUUCAUCAGUUGUUUUUUCCGGUAGUGCAAGAUACUACAAGUGCAACUGUUUACAAAGUUGUUUAUUCCUGUAGUCUGUCAAUUAAAAGUCAUGAAAACAGGACAUGGACUGGCCUCUGAACCACUCGUGACAGUAACAACACCUCAACCUGUUACCUCAGCAACAGCCAACUGUUCCAGUAAAAGAUGCAAAUAUAAAAUUGGUGUUAUCUCUCACUUUGCGGUGUUAGGUACAGUAUUGUUUUCAGUUUACCUUUGGCACCAAACCAUUUCUACACGUGUGCUGUGUAUGUACUGUGGCUGCCAGAUACUAAAUAAUUCAGCAGGAGUAUUGGAUGAAAAUGGACCGGAGGGAUUGUAUGAUAGCCUGGUUUUGUUCCGUUCCAAGUGUGUCAUUUAUUUUGAGCAGGACUUUUCACUGUGUCUAAUGUGUGUGUAUACAGUAUAUCAGAAUUUUAGAGGAUGAAUAAAUGAUGGAAGUUUGUGA